CUCUAAGGCUGGAAGCCUCUUUCUCCUCAGCUGGGGUAUUUAGGUGAAUCCUGGGCUAGGGCCUCCUGCUGAUGACUGACUCCCCGUAUGACGUAGGGGUCCCCAUCCGUGCAUAAAGACAGGAAUCUUCAUGGUGUGACAAGAUCUGUGGAGGCAGCUCAGAAGUCAGUGACUGCUCUACCUUCCAUUGGCUCCUCUUCAUCUGGAACACCUCUUGGACUUCAUCCACUUCCAUGAUGUUCAACAUGGAGCUGGCAACCUUUGAAGAUGUGGCUGUGUAUCUCACACGUGACGAAUGGGGUCUUCUUGAACCUGCUCAGCGAGACCUAUACAGGGAUGUGAUGCUGGAGAAUUAUGGAAACUUUAUCUCACUGGGAUUUCUAGGCUCCAAGCCUGAUGUUAUCUCUCAGCUGGAACGAGGGGAAGAAUCCUGGGUGCUGGAUAUUGAGAAGCCUGAGGAAAGGGAGCUGUCAAGUAGGAAGGGAGCUUAUGGAGGUUAUAAGAAAAAAUACAAGGAAAAGUUGUCUCUAAGACAGGAAGUUCCUAAAGGGAGAAAAAUAUAUAAAAAUGCAUCAGUGAAAUACCCAUGGGAUACUUCCCAGGUCUUGGACUUUGGAGAAGGCUAUGAAAAGGAAAGCAAUUUAGAGGAGCAGAUUAGAAACGUCAGGGGAAAGAGACAGAGUAAAUCCAUUUCCAAACGAAUCCUUGUCUUACAACAGAAAACAACUGAAGGAGAGAAAGGCCAGGAACUUAAUGAAUUUGGAAGACUGGUCAGUUGUAGCUCAAACCAUGUUACAAAUCAAAGAAUUCAUAAAAAAGAAAGAAGCUACAAGUGUGAUACUUGUGGUCAGAAUUUUGUACGUCAUUCAGCCCUUAUUCAGCAUCAGAGAAUUCAUACUGGAGAAAAGCCCUAUGAAUGUGAUGACUGUGGGAAAGCCUUUAGUCGAAGCUCAGAUGUAACAAAACAUCAGAGAAUUCAUAAUGGAGAAAAACCUUAUGAAUGUAAUCAGUGUGGUAGAGCCUUCAGUCAUGGCUCACAUCUUACACGACAUCAGAAGAUACAUACUGGAAAGAAACCCUUUGAAUGUAAUGAAUGUGGGAAAGCCUUCAGUGAGAACUCGGAUCUUAUUCUACAUGAGAUAGUUCAUACUGGAGAGAAACCUCAUGUUUGUAACAAAUGUGGGAAAACUUUCCGUCGGAAAUCAUACUGCAUUCGACAUGAGAGAGUGCACAUUGGAGUGAAACCUUAUAAGUGUAAUGACUGUGGGAAAGCCUUCACUCAGUCUUCAAGUUUUAUUCAGCACCAGAGAGUUCAUACUGGUGAGAAACCCUAUGAAUGUAAGGAAUGUGGCAAAGCUUUCAGUCAAAGCUCACAUCUUACUGAACAUAAGAAAAUUCAUACUGGGGAAAAACCUUUUAAAUGUAGUGAAUGUGGGAAAGCCUUCAGUUACAUUAAAGGUUUUAGUCAGCACAUGAUUAUUCAUAGUGGAGAAAAACCCUAUGAAUGUAGUGAAUGUAAAAAAGCCUUCAGUCGCCAUUCCCUCCUCAUUCGUCAUCAGAGAGCUCACACUGGAGAAAAACCAUAUGAAUGUAAUGAAUGUGGAAAAGCUUUCAGUAGACAGUCAGUCCUUAAGGAACAUCUGAGAAUUCAUACUGGGGAAAAACCAUAUGUAUGUAAUGAGUGUGGGAAGACCUUUAGUCGGAGCUCUCACCUAAUCCAACAUCAGAGAACUCAUACUGGGGAGAAGCCAUAUGAAUGUAAUGAGUGUCAGAAAGCUUUUAAUCGAAGUUCAGAUUUCUUAAAACAUCAGAGGCUUCAUACUGGAGAGAAACCUUAUGAAUGUAAUAAAUGUGGUAAAACCUUCAGUCAGAAUUCAUAUCUAAUUUGA